UACAGGAUUUACGCGGAUCUACUAGUAUUUACAAAAUAUCACAGCAUCAAGUUUCCAUUGUAACAGCGCUAUUUUUUUUUUCUUGCAUUCUAUUUCUCCGCCUUCUUCAAGGAACACUAUUCGAUAUCUCAUCAAAGAAAUUGAAACUGGUUCCUUGGUGAAGGAGGGGAAAUUGGAUAUGCAGAGCCAACUUGUCUGUAGCGGCUGUAGGAGCAUUCUUCUUUAUCCUAGAAGGGCAACUAGUGUUCGCUGUGCAUUAUGCAAUACAAUUACUCCCACUGGUAUGGAAAUGGCUCAACUCAUAUGCGGAGGUUGUAGAACAUUGCUAAUGUAUACGCGUGGAGCGACAAGUGUAAGAUGCUCUUGCUGUCACACCAUUAAUAUUGCACCAGCAUCCAACCAGAUUGCUCACAUCAAUUGCGGGCACUGCCAUACAACCUUAAUGUAUCCUCAUGGAGCUCCUUCAGUCAAAUGUGCCGUCUGUCAAUAUGUUACUAAUGUUGGUAUAGAAAACUGUAUUGGGAGGUUUACCCGUUCGUUGCUCUCCAUUCCUCAUUUUCAGAUGGGCAAUGUGAGGGUGCCCCCUCCCGUAAAUAGACCUAAUGAGACAGCUGCCUCAGGAUCUAAGCCAUCUACUUCACCAAGCCUAACAGUCGUUGUUGAGAACCCCAUGUCUGUUGACGAGAGUGGAAAAUUGGUGAGCAAUGUGGUGGUUGGCAUAACAACCGGCAAAAGAUGAAAGCUCCUACGAGAUAUUUGCUGAGAAAUUAAUUGUGUACAUCAAAUUGAAAAUGGAAAACCACUUGCAUUAUAUUCAAAAGAACCCACUUGUUUGUGUCCAUUGAUGAAGGUAUAAUAGGGAAAAUGUGAGGUGCAUUUAUUAGUGUGUGAAUUGAUAGACACGGAAAGUCUCAUUUAUAUGGUAUUUAAAGUGGAAAAAUUGUUUUAGCAUAAUAA